AUGAAGAGCGGCAGCGCCUCCGCGCCCAGCGGCGGCGGCGGCGGUGGCCUGGCGAUCACCGAGCGGCAGAAGCCGUCGCCGUCGUGUGUGGCGGCGCUGUUCCAGAUGUUCGCCAAGAGGAAGCUCUUCUCCUCGUCCUCCAAGAAAACCAAGCUGCUUCCCCCAGUGCGCGCGCAGAAGUUCUCGCCUGGGAGACCGCCGGUCGGCGGCGACAAGACGGCGGUGGCCAAGAUGAGGCCCCUUCUGCUUGAUUCUGCAGAUGACUCAAGAAGCAAAAUUGAAUGCAAUGGCACCAGUCACUACCUACAGCCUGGCCAAGACAGAAAGUACAGCGAGAACGAAAUGUGUGCUCCGGGGAUGGUGGCCCGGCUGAUGGGUCUCAGCUCGAUGCCGGCUGUGAGCCAUCAACGGCCAACCAAAGCCACAGACUCCUCUGAACCCGGUGAGGGCUGGAAUUCAGGCUGUCAAGAUUGGUCUGGUACGUCUCGGAGCAUAGACACAUCACCUCAGAAGCAACAGAAGACAGGGCAGCUCAUAGAUGAUCGGCGCCACGACAAUGCAGGUCAGUUCAAUGCUCCAGAUACACGGCCAUUGUGGCCACGGAGGCAUGCACACAAGGUAGCCUCGCCUGUUAAGAGCCCAAGGUCAAUGUCCAGCAGGAACAAGGCCCGGCUGAUUGAAGCAGCAGUCAAGGUUCUGGAACCUGGUUUGCAGUCCAGGAAUCGCCGUCUCUCUUGGAGACAUUCAUACUUGGAGUAUCCAUGCAGCAGCGGUGAUGGUGCGCCCGGUGCUGCUGCUGUCCUACAUAAUGUGUCCGAUCAAUUCUUAAGAGAUAUGUGCGAUGUUGACAUACCAAGAUUAGGCGCUCACAAUACAGGAGCUACCUCUGUGGACAAUUCUACUUCUGACCAGAGGACUGAAGAGGAUACUUGUAAGAAGAGCAUUCCGAGUAGGAGGUCAGACCAGAAUGGAUCAUGUCAAUUGCAACCUGAGUACUUGCUCUUCAGCUUAACUGAGAAGGCUGGAUUUGGGGACAGUGUUCAGAAGAUCUCUAAUUGUAUUGCUGAUACAAACCAAGAUGUACGGAAAAAACAGCUGAGGAGCAAAAUAUCCCAGGACAGUGCUCCUCAUGGCCCUCUAAAGCAAAACAACCUGAAGCAGAAUGCACUGCCUGCAGCUUGUGGAACGGCAGAUCCAAGAUAUGUGACACAAAGUAAGAAGCAUGGAAGUGGGGAGCGAAACAUGAGAAACAGAACUCAGGACUUUAUUUCUCUGAACAAAAGGAUGAAUGACAGUGCAUCUUUGAGGUCAAAAAGAAAGGCACUGGAUAGAUUUGGCGAGUCACAUACUAGUGCAGAGAACAAAAACAUGAGCACAAAAGGUUGUCGAGCCAGCAACCUUCAUGGUGGAACCUCUAACAAGCUGAAGCUAAAGACUGGAACACCAAAAGCUACGGAGAAAGACAUGAUAAUUGCAAAAGGAGCAGGGUUAGUCAGUGAGAAGCCGAAGCCUGCCAGCCCAAACUGUGCAAGAAGUGAUUUCCAGAGACAGCCAGUGUCACACAAUGUUUCCAGGGGCAACAAAAAAUCAGGCAUCAUUUCUCUCACUUCCAGCUCACCGAUGAAGGUCGCCCCUACUUUGCGUGGCGACAAUGCUAGUGGAACUGGUACUGCUGUUCAGAGAUCUCCAGUUGAUACUUGCCCUAAGAGAUGCUCUCGUAGAGAUUGUCAAAAUAUGUCUCCUCAAGGAGACAUAGUUUUCUGGGAAGAUUUACAGGGCACGUCAAAUCUGGAGUCCACUGAAUCUGUUUUCUACAAGCAAGAUGAGGUGAAAAAUAGAGUUAUUCUUGGUGGCAGAACAGCCUCUUCUUUGUUUGAAAAGAAGAGUGGUGGCCAUGUUACAGAGGAAUAUUUAAGCAACGAACUGGUCAAGCAUCACAACUCAGUGGAUUCUGCGAUUUAUGACGGCAAUGACCCUUAUAAAGUGGCCCACUUGCGUGAAACUCGUAAGAAACAUGCGGUUGAUGCAAAAGGUAGCAAACCAUCUCCAUCUAUAUCCAGAGGCAGCAAUAAGCGCAGUCCUACAUCUAUUCUUCAAUCUGGAAAUGCUGAUGAUGCCUUCGUUCCUGGUAUUCCACGCAAUACUGCAGAAGCUACCUUCACCAACAGCCAUCCAAGGGAAACAUGCACAGUAGCAGCUAGCAUUGUGCAAGAUACAACUACCGAGAGCAACCCCAGAUGCGGCGAUCCUAAUUUUGGCCAGCAUGGUGUUCAACCAUCUGAACCCGAUGAAGUCCAAGACAGCAAGCUGAAACACUCUGGAGAGGUUACAACAACUGUCGAACUGCUGCUAACAAACGUCCGCGCUUCUACUCGACCCAAUAAAUCAGAGGAAUCACCCAAGGCAUUCCUCCUCCGAACGACAGAGUGCGCUCUCACCACCUUGACGACAGGCUCCAACUCCAAGCAGGAGGCAUUCAUCAGCACCGCCAUCAUCAAGGACAAGGAAGCGAGCGCGCUGAGGAACCUCGCGCUGGACUUCGUCUGGGACUGCCUGGACUCGAUGUGCUCGCAGCUCUGCGACUCCGGCUACAGGUCGUUCUCGGAGCUGCUUGCUCUGAUGUGCACCGAGGAGAGGCUGGCGGACAGGGUCGGGAAGGAGAUCGCGAGGUGCGGUGGCAUGGCUGGGAGGAGCUUGGACGAGCUGGCUGUGGGCGAGGUGGAGCGCGCGGUGGAGGCUGGCAUGGAUCCCAUGCUCGAGGUGGUUCAGAUCGGCGCCCAGAUCGAACAGGAUCUGGUCCAGGAGCUAGUAGACGAAAUCGGAGUAGAUGUGUUCAAGCCUUGGUGA